AUGAGGGCCACCGGGGAGCACACAGCUGCGGUGCCCAUCCCCACCCCGCCGCCGCCGCCUGCUGCUGCGGCCUCUGCGACGGAGGAAGCCGAGAAAGAGAGGAGGAAGAACCGCCGCCGCCCCUCGCGGCGCUCCAAGCAGGCGGCCGUCGCCGCGCCGCAGGGCCCGCACGCGGACGCCGCGGGGCCGAGGUCAGUCAGAUCGAUGCCGCCCAUGCACGUGGGCAGCGGCGGCGCCGGUGUCGACGCCGAGGCAGAGGCGUCCGCGGCGGGAACGAGCCAGUCCUGCCCCCUGCUGCCCACGCCGAGACCCGCGGAGGCGCCUGUGUCGAGGGUGGGCGGGGGAGCUACGGCGAUGCGGUACUUCCAGCCUCACUGGCCUGAGCGGGCCGUGGAGGACGCCGUCAAGAGAGGGUAUGCAUUCGUGGCGAAGUUCAGGGUGAACGCUCACAACCGAAAUGAGGCGUACUGCACGAUUGAUGGCAUCCCGGUGGAUGUUCUCAUUACAGGAUUGGCACAAAACAGAGCGGUUGAAGGUGAUCUUGUUGCUAUCACACUGGACCCUGUUGCUCAAUGGACCAGAAUGAAAGGUCCGAAUGUUGCAUGCAACCCUGCGAUAGGAGGAGAUUCUGUGGUCCGUGAGUUUACUGAAACAAAUGGGAAUCAUAGUUGGAAGAAAGGACAUGCAGAUGUCGGCUGCAGGUUUGAAAAUUGCAGUAACGGCUUACCUGUUUUGGAUAGGAUGCAACCCCCACACAAGAACAGUGGUUUUAGUCAAGCUGUUAAGUGUGGAAAUGGGAAUGCUACUGUCCCUGAAAGGAAUGAGAUAGACUUGAAUGAUGGAAAGAGUGAGGCUGCGAGAGCAUUACAAAGGAUCUGUGCCAUGAUAUACUCUCAUCCAAGCAGACGUCCUACUGGGAAAGUAUUAUCAGUCAUUAAGAAAUCUCCGCGCCGUGAUGCCAUUGUAGGUUUCCUUGCUUCUUUCUCAGAGUUCCCUGAUGGAGAGCAGCAGAGAAAUCAGAUGGGUCUAAAGAGGAUGAACAACAGAGCAUCAUCAGUUACAGGCUUGUUUCAUCUCUUGCCUACUGACCCCAAAUUCCCUCCGAUGGUUGUGAGUUUUAGCACUUUGCCAGAUAGUGUCAGACAGAGCCUAAGGGGUGAUGCAGCUAUUGAGAAGGAAUUAGUUGCUGCACGAAUUGAUGAAUGGAAUGACGAAAAUCUCUAUCCCUAUGCCCAUGUUAUACGGUUCUUGGGGAAGGGUGGUCAUGUUAAAACACACAUGGAUGCUAUAUUAUUUGAGAAUGCGAUAUCUGAUGCUGAGUUUUCCCCCGAGUCCUUGGCAUGUCUUCCUGACAAUUGUUGGAAGAUUUCUCAAAAAGAACUUGAAGCAAGAAAAGAUUUGAGGGAGGUCUUGUCUUUUACAAUAGACCCUCCUACUGCAUCAGAUCUUGAUGAUGCUAUAUCAAUUGAAAUACUUUCAGGCAGAACUGUCCGUAUUGGGGUUCACAUCGCAGAUGUUUCCUACUUUGUACAUCCAGAGACUGCGUUAGAUGCUGAAGCUCAAAGCCGAUCUACUAGUGUCUACACCCUGAAACGCAAAAUCUCAAUGUUGCCUUCAAGACUUUCAGAAGUGGUUUCGCUUAAUCCAGGUGUAGACAGGCUUGCCUUUUCAAUUAUUUGGGAUAUUGAUCCUCAUGGUAACAUAAUUAGUCGCUGGAUUGGUCGAAGCGUCAUCUUUUCGUGCUGCAAGCUGUCAUAUGAGCUUGUGCAGGAUUUGAUUUGUAAUGAAGCCAGUCAGGCUAGAUCUGCUGUUUCUUCUCUUGAAGUACAUGGUAAAUUUGAGAGAGAUGAUGUUAUCAAGUCACUUAGAGGCCUUUAUGAGGUCUCAAAAAAUCUGAAGGAAGUUAGGUUCAAGGGUGGAGCUCUUUCUCUUGACACUGCAAAGCUUAUGAUCUUGUUUGAUGAAGAUGGGGCUCCAUGUGAUAGCUAUUGCUAUCUGCAGAAGUCAUAUCUAAUGCAUUCCCUGAUUGUGCCUUUACUCAGUAGGCACCCUGAACCUAAUUUAUGGAAGUUCAGAGAGUUCGAGGCAUUUUGUGCUAAGAAUGGUUUUGAAUUGGAUGCUUCAUCAUCUGGUCAACUCCACCUUUCACUCUCUAGAAUAAAGGAAAAGUUGCAAGAGGAUCCUGUUAUGUUUGAUAUUCUCAUGUUUUAUGCUUCAAAGCAAAUGCAGUCAGCAGAAUACUUUUGCACAGGGGACCUGAUAAGCAAGAAAGAUGAUUGGGCACAUUAUGCGCUGUCUGUCCCUUUGUAUACACACUUCACUUCACCACUUCGAAGAUAUCCUGAUAUAAUUGUUCACAGGACUCUGAAUGCAGUGAUUGAGGCUGAACAAGUGUAUAUGAAGCAAAAGAAAUCUUCCACAGGCCGGAAUGGAGUCAAAGCCUCUUGUGAAUUGAUGGAUAGAUGUCUUACAGGCCUCCAGUUGUGCAAGGAUGCUGCUGAAUCUGAAGAAGGAAAAAAAGCACUUUCUGAUGCAGCUAAGAAAUUUAAGGUUCCUUACUCUGAAAAUCUCGGGGAGAUUGCUGAACACUGUAAUGAAAGAAAGUGGGCUGGUCGCCGUACAGAAGAUGCUGGACAGAAGCUCUACAUGUGGGCUCUGAUAAAGAACAAAGAGGUUGUGGUCUGCAAUGCUAGAGUUCUGGGGCUUGGACCCAGAUUCAUGUCAGUUUAUGUGCCCAAGCUUGCGAUGGAACGAAGGAUAUAUUAUGAUGAAGUUGAGGGCUUAUCAGUUGAAUGGUUAGAAGCCACUGCAACGUUAGUGCUUGAUGCAUGCAGGAACAAGCCUGCUCAAAGGAGGGGAACUCAGAUGAAGUGCAGGCCAAUUGAGGAAGUCGCAAUGGUGGUGAACCCUUCAGAGUUGUCUGAAGAAGAUGAGGAAUCAGGAGCAACAGAAGCUGGCGGCUGCACUGCCAAGUCUGUUUUGUUGAGUGGCGACGCAGUGAAACCUCAGACCACUCCAGCUGUUCUGCCCUUGGUGAUACAUUACCUGAGUGACAUCCCUGUGGUUCUUCAUGCAAUUGGUGGUGAGGAUUGUGCGGUGGACAUUGGAGUAAGACUGUACAUGGCGUCAUACUUCGAGUUAUAG